ACCCAAAAAGUUCCUAUAUAUAACUAACAACAAUGAUAAACAUGCAUAUCAUACAACUUGAAUGUUUAAUGUGUUUAAUUUCACCAUAAUAUUGUAGUUUACAUUUGAAUAAUAAAAUGAAUAGUUUAGUAGUGAUUAAUAUUUAUAUUGUUUUAUUACAUCUAUUAAUUUUGGUCAACCCAACUACAGCAAUUUGUGGACUUGGUGAUUCAUCAUGUAGGUAUUCAGGUAAUUUUGACAGCGACAAUGUAAUAUGUCACAAAGAUGUAGUGAAGAUAGGUAAACUUCCAAAAGAAUGCACAGCCUUUGUUUUUGAUGGAGUUACUUGUAAUAAAAAUUAUGAAAUCAGUUAUAGAUGGAUACCAGAAGAUUUAGAUCACUUAAAAUCACUUAUAGAUUUUGAGGAUGGUGCACACAAUGUGUACUUAUUUUAUAAGCAUCAAACCUUAGCAGAUUGGUCAAAUGCACUUUUUUUUGGAGAUUUUCAAAUUGAAGCACAAAAGGUACAAGAAUUUAUUGGUAUCUAUCCCGUUAAGGGGUUGAUUUUGGAUGGAAUGGAAGAUCCUGUUUUAUCUGAAGUACAGUAUACUACAGAUAAUUUUAUAUAACUAUAUAAGUAUACCUACUAAAUGUACAUUUAUAGUAAAUUUAUAAUAAAUUUAUAAAAAUUAUUAAAUUAUUAAUUUAAAUUUAUAAUCAUACAUAAGUUCUCUAUUACUGAGAAAACUGUGAUAUAUUUUUUUAAAAAAUAUUUGAUUUAGUAUUUUAGAUUCAGUAGUAGUUUUGACUAAACUCCAAUGAGAGAGGCGGAGUGAAUUCAUUACUACGGCAAAAAUAAAUAUAAAAAAAAAAUAUUUUGCAUUAUGUUGCCAUAGGCUUUUCAAGCGUACCUACUUGGUGAUCAUAGUAUUUCCUCCCACAUAUAGGUGACCUUUUUUGACCCAAAUUACCUCUCAUAGCAUACAUAGAUUAUUAAUUUAUUUAUUGAUAGUUUUACGUGAACCAUCAAUUAUUAAAUCGAUUUUCAUAAUGUACAAAAAUAUUAUUUUUUAAGAUAUACAAUAUUUCCCUGACUAAUUAGUUAUAAUAAUAAUAAAAUAUAACUGAGUUUUCGCUUGAUCUAUUUUGCAAAAAUUGCAAUGUGUUUGGGAAAUUCAUCAUAACGCAUUUGGGUAAGUCAUUUUUAAAAAGUCAGAUGGGAGGCAAUUCGAGAG